GGAGAUGAGUAUCAUUUUUGGCGGGAGGUCAGCUGCAAUCAGAUUACUAAAGAAGAAGAAGAUAGAGCUCUCUUUAUUAAUAAAAAGAAAAAUGAUAGGAAUCCACGAUGAAGAGGUCGAGCUAAGCCAAGAGUCGGAGCGAAUCCCUACUCUCCGCAGCUCUGGUGUGGGGAACAGACUGGUUAUCAUUGAGGGGAACAUUGGUGUUGGGAAAACCACUCUAGCCAAGAAGCUAUCCCGUUCCCUGGAUUACAAGCUGUUCAUUGAGCCUACCAUUGAGAACCCUUACCUGGAGAGGUUCUACGCUCAACCAAAGAAGUAUGCUCUUAGUCUCCAGCUGUGGAUACUCCGUCAACGCUACAAUACUUACCUCGAGGCAGUCAGACACGUUUUAGCAACAGGGGGAGGGGCUAUUCUUGAUCGAUCUGUCUUCAGUGACGUUGUCUUUGCUAACGUCUGCACUAAAGAAGGUUACAUAUCAACUGAAGGAUAUUCACGUUACGGGCUAUGGAGGGAGAAGGCUCUACAGCACUUACCUGUUCCUCAUCUAACGGUCUAUCUUGAUGCCUCUCCUCAAUGCUGUCACUCGAGGAUACAACAGAGAGGGAGGGAGUGUGAAGGAGGAGUCCCACUGGAUUAUUUGACAAAGUUACACGAAGAGUACAUUGUUUUCUUAGAAGAUAUGAAAGAACUUGGUUCUACUGUCCUUCAUUACAACUGGUCGGAUUUUCAGAAAGAAGAAAAGAUUGUUUCGACCAUUUUACAAGCAAAGGCAAACAAGUGGCAUCACAUGACAGAACAAAAGUAUGCCCUUCACUCUCCAUUAUUUCAAUCGUCAUUUCUCAAUGAACUAGAAAACUAAAUCUGGGAACACACACACAUCUUGCAGUUAUUUAUAUUAAUAAUAAUAAUUAUUAAUAUUUUAUUAUUA